AUGAAGAAUUUCACUCUGCCAAACUUUUCAAACAUCGAUUUCAAUUUCGAUGCCGAUCGUGCAAUCUCAUUAUCCACCUCGAAACCAAUUUGUGCUGGAGUUAUGAUAACUUAUACAAUAAUCCUAACAUCUUCUUUAUUUAUCUAUGUAAAAUUAUAUCGAGUUCCUGUAACUCGCAAGAUCCUUAAAAGCGAGUUAUUUUAUCAUAACAUGUUUAUAAUUCAAUGGAUAUUUUAUAUUUUUCACAUAGUUCAUCAUAUUUAUCCAUUUCUUUCUGAAGAAGAUCGGAAUAUUAGAAUCAAAGAUAUUGAUCUUCGACUUGCCAUUCUUAGCAUCAUGUUUCUAAUCGAUGACGUGGCUUGGCUGUGGAUCUAUCGAGUAACAAAUCUAAUUUGGACAAUUAUUGCAGUUUUCUUGAUACUUAAAUUAAUUUUUAGUAUCCCUGAAGUCUUAAAAUCCUUGCGGAUUCAAACAUUUCGAAGUGCUAUUUUCAUAGCGUUAAUCUAUACAUUUUUGAAUCUAUGGUUCCCGGAACUUCAUUUUGAGAAAAUUAUUCAUGGCUUAUUAUUUUCUAUACAUUAUGUGGAUCUAUUUCUAGUUCUAGGCUUCUCAAUUAUUUUUCUGAUAUUUUUCCAUAAGAAUUUCAAUCGAUACUCAAUUCAUGCCUUACAAAUUUGCUUUUUGAAGCUGGUGAGUUAGGCUAACUUCUUUCGAUUUCAUAAAAAGAUCUGUAAUUCAGAUAAGUCAUAUUUCAACCCUUGUGAUUUUCGCGAUCUUCUCAUCAACACCUUCCGAAGAAAAAUUGGAUGAUUAUUUCAAUUUGACCUUGGACAGAUUUGUAACAUCACUUUUGCCAGCCACGUUUCUUGUUUCGAUUUUAUUGAGCUCCAGGGAGAGAAAUUAUACAUGA